ACAGAACUGGCCAAGACUGUCCUGUGUGCUUUGAGUGAUGCAGGACUGAAGGUGCGAGCGUUCGUGGCUGAUCGACUCCAAGCCAACCUGUCCAUGUUCAGCCACUUGGGCGUUCAGAACCUGCAGCCAAAACAACUUCAGUUUCCCAUUGUUCCUAACUACUUCCUGCAUCCUGCAACCAACCAGCAGGGGUAUGUUCUGCUGGAUGUGGUGCACAUGCUGAAACUGCUGCAAGGCCUCCUUGGUGAAUACAAGAGCCUUCAACUGGAUGGUGAAGAGGCAUCCUGGAAGUAUAUUCAGGCGCUGUACGACAUGCAGCACAGCGAGGGUAUCCGGGCGGCCCAACAAGCUCUCUCGCCUGCACGUCCAGUGCAAAAAGAACAAAAUGAAAGUUAAGAUUGCUGCCCAGCUGUUCAGCAGCUCGGUGGGCAAAGCUCUGCUGUACCUAGAAGAGUCGGGCCACCAUGAGUUCAUCGGAGCGGGGGUAACGGCGUACGUCAUCCUGCGUGUUGAUCAGACAUUCGACUACCUCAACAGCAGCAACCCCUAUGGGAAGGGCUUCAAGACUCCUGUAACUGCCAACAACUUGAUGCUCCGACGUGAGUUUGUGGCCGACUUCAGUUCCGUGCUGUUCCGGCUGCAGACAGCAUCAGGCGAACCGGUACUGCAGAUGGGACGCUUCACCCCGGUCCCGGGUCUCUGUCUCGCGACGCAGACCGUCAUGGACAUCCGUCGUCCAAAACGGCAGCGGCCGACGCUCAGCGAGAGUGGCCCCAUGCCGGCGGUCGUGCAGCAUCUCCUCACGACGGAGGACACCGGCUCGGGGUUCGUUGACAACUGUGUUGGCCACAUUUCCGGCUAUGUGUACCCCAAGCUGGUGGAAACGGGCGCGAUCGGGUGUGGUAUCUGCGUGUCCGCCUCCACGCCUAUGGACAAAAUGCUGCAGUGA